AUGUCGGCUACUGAUAAAAUGGAGGGAAUUACCUGUCCCAUCACGCAUGCGAUUAUGGCUGACCCUGUCGUAGACCCGGAGGGGAAUUGUUAUGAUAGAGCGGCAAUUGAACAGUGGUUAGAAAGCCACGGCGUCAGUCCGAUCACGCGCACACCCAUGACAAUAGCAAAUUUAGUACCCAAUCGGAAUAUAGGAAUAAACAGUAAGUUGUAUCAAGAUGCUAUUGUUGAGGCGCUUAAUAUGAGGACCCACCCGGUUGUGUGGCCACAACUAUAUGAUGUGCGAGAGUUCAUCUUACAUUCCACAUCUUUUAAUGAAGUGUCUACCGAGAAUGAGACUGAUGGCAUGAUGAUGGAUGUUGCUGUACACAUCAACACACCCAACCCCACAGCUCAACAGAUGGCAGUCAUGCCUGUGGACGUUGUCUGUGUUGUUGACGUGUCUGGAUCUAUGGCUGCCACAUCCGAGGUACUAACCGAACGCGGUCCGACUGAGACCCAUGGGCUGACUCUGUUGGACCUGGUGAAGCACGCCAUCACCACCAUCAUCUAUUCGCUAUCCGCAGAUUCCAGAUUGGCCAUUGUUUCGUUCAGCACGAACGCUCACUGUGUACUUCCUCUGACUGUCAUGGAUACAGAAGGCACUGAGUUGGCCUUAACCAAGGUUGGUCACAUGAAUGCAGCAGGCGGUACCAAUCUAUGGGCAGGCCUAGAUUCGAGCAUUCAUCUAGUACUAACUCGUGCGGACAUCACGCGAUGUGCGUCCAUCAUGCUUCUCACUGAGGAUUUCACGCUGAACCACAAAUACCUGUCUGAUCCAGCAAUACCGCUGGGUUGUCAAAUCAAUACGUUUGGUUUCGGAUAUAAUGUCCAAAGUGGUCUGCUGCGCGAUUUGGCAGAAGCAGGCACGGGCACGUACUCGUUCAUACCAGACAGCGGAAUGUGUGGCACUGUGUUCAUCAACACACUCGCAAAGACGAUGUCUACCCUCGCCAUCAAUUGUCAGCUCACAGUGGAAGUAAACAGGGACAUAGGUACGUGA